AAAGUCAUAACUUUUACUGACACUGCACACCACCUUGGGGACUGAAGACCAAAGGAUAGCCAAUGAACAUUGAGACAUCUUCUAUUUUCCAGAUCAGUCCCUCCCUAUCAUCUCAUCAAAAGAAAGCUAAAUCCGUGACAAAGACUGCUUAUUAAUAAAUAAACAGGCUCAUCAACACGGAGAAUAACGGGGCCAGGAAGGUGAAAUAGCAUUUCUGCACGAUUUUUUUAAACUCUUAAUUGCCAGCUUUGAAAGCAUUUUAUACAUCCGCAACACAGGAAGUCGCAGCUACAGAGAAGUGAGUCAAAUCGCAAAGUGCCUUCGACAAAUUUUUACUGGACACAACGAGAUUACAAUUCUCGAUCUGAGAUGAGUAAAGAAUUACAACUCCAGCCCUUGGAAUUUAACAAGGAGAUUGAAACCUUUAAAGGUAUUAGGUGUGAUUACUUUAAGAAAUAUGAAAGAGAAGACGGUGUGAAAAUGAUCAAGAAUAUUUAUGGCGAAGUACUCAUUGCCCACAGUGAUGGUAAUGCCGGGCCAGUGCCAAUCUUUGACCAUCGCACAUUGGCUGAACAAACAGGCUCUUUAAUGUCCCUCUUCACAACUUACUUUCCUAUCUAUCUUGGUGUCACCAGGAAAUGUAGCAACCAGAAGAUCUGGGUUCAAGUCCCAUCUGUUUCAAAGCUGCUCAAAAGGAUGCCACGUGGUAUUCCCAUCGUAUUCCAGAUUAAAGUCGCAGGAUCAGACUAUCACAUGUACUGCACUGAGGAAGGAGACAGAAAGGUUGUGAAGUUCAAGGAAGGCAGUGCUCCAAAAAAUGUUGAAGACAACAUGAAGAACAUCAUCUUUUACCAGCAGAUGUUUGACAACACAUAUUCCCAGUUUGAAUCUGCCUGGGCGCUCGGAUGGUUCCUCUGCACUGAAGCAGCAAACAGGUCUCACAUUCUCGGUCUGAAGAAGGUCGAGAAGAAUCAAGAUGAAAUGAUAGCUGUCGGUUUGGAAAAUGUGCAAUAAAGCACAUAAUUUCAAAUCUUUACGCCAAAUCUGAAUCCACUUUGCUGAACUUACAGAUCCUGCCAACUGUAAUAUUCCUGCUGAGGGUAGACUCCCAGAACAUGUAGUAUCAGCAACACCGUACACAUUGGUCUCGGGAGCUACCAAGGAUGGGAAGUGACAGUGGGGCUGGAAAGGGAAAGGGUGCAAGAGGGGCUGUUUUUCCUGGAGUGUCAGAGGCUGAGGGGUGACCUUAUAGAUGUUUAUAAAAUUAUGAGACAUGAA